UCUAGCAACAAAACAUGGCUAUUUCUCUAAGUUCCAAGCUGUUUAUUCUAGCCGCUUUCGUGCUAUUCUAUGCCGGCACCACAGCCUGUGCACGUGAGCUCUCGAUCGUGGGCUAUGAGCCCGAAGAUCUCACGUGCAUCGACAAGCUCAUCAAUCUUUUCGAAUCUUGGCUCGAUAAGCAUGGCAAGAUUUACAAAACCAUAGAAGAGAAGUUGCAUAGGUUCGAGAUAUUUAAGGAUAAUUUACACCACAUUGAUGAGAGAAAUAAGGUUGUUAGCAACUAUUGGCUAGGGUUGAACGAGUUUGCGGAUUUGAGCCAUGAUGAGUUCAAGAAAAUGUUUUUAGGUCUCAAAUCCGACCAAAUUCCCCAGAGAGACGCGUCUCUUGAGAAUUUUAAGUAUAGGGAUUUCGUGGAUUUACCCAAAUCCGCCGAUUGGAGGAAGAAAGGAGCCGUCACACGAGUCAAGAACCAGGGUCAAUGUGGAAGUUGUUGGGCGUUUUCGACUGUGGCUGCAGUAGAAGGGAUCAACCAAAUUGUGACAGGAAACUUAACUGAGUUGUCCGAGCAAGAGCUCAUCGACUGUGACACGGCCUACAACAAUGGUUGCAAUGGAGGCCUAAUGGACUACGCGUUCGCUUUCAUUGUCUCCAACAACGGCCUCCAUAAGGAAGACGACUACCCUUACCUCAUGGAGGAAGGCACUUGCCAAGAAAGCAGAGAUGAGGCGGAAGUUGUGACGAUCGAUGGCUACCAUGAUGUGCCAAGAAACGACGAAAAUAGCUUCUUGAAAGCUCUUGCAAACCAACCCUUGAGCGUGGCCAUCGAUGCUUCGGGGAGAGAUUUCCAGUUCUACCACGGGGGCGUGUUUGACGGGCAUUGUGGGACGGAUCUCGACCAUGGAGUCGCGGCCGUUGGAUAUGGCACGAGCAAAGGAUUGGACUAUGUGAUCGUGAAGAAUUCGUGGGGGGAGAAAUGGGGUGAGAAAGGAUUUAUAAGGAUGAAGAGAAACAAUGGGAAGCCAGAAGGGAUGUGUGGUAUCAACAAAAUGGCCUCAUUCCCAACCAAAAGCCAUUGAUAUCGAUUGAUAUUUUUCCAAGUGUUGUUUUUUUUUUCUUUUCUCAUUAUCUUUGAUGUUAUUGUUGUUGUGAUGUUCAAUGAAUAAAACUAGUUGAUUGGAAAAGUGUAUGUUUUUUCA